UAUAACAGCGAAAAACUUAACCUUUGGCCAGACAUGUAAGGUUUUAUUUAACGAUAGAAAGUAAGGAAAGUUUUGUUGUUAUUUUUGUGAACUUGAUUGUCUUCACAUUUCACAUUUAUCAUUUCAUUUUCUUUUUCUUUUUCCCCUCCUUCGUCAAUUGACUUAGCCGCAAAUAUGAGAAAAGUGCCAGAAUUGCAGCGCGACUGAGUCAUUAUGUAAUUAAAUUAAAUAUGAAAGACAUGAUAUCGAUUUGAAUGGAGAUUUUCCUUCAAAAUUUGGUUCAAACUCCCUUUCGAAUGUUUUCCCAAUAUUUUCUAUAAGCCAUAUUAAAAUAUGAACAAGCUGAAUGCCACUCUUAGGUUCAAAAGUUUGGAAACUUUAGACCAGAAAGCCCAACUCCGCUACAUAAAACCGAAGAAGCUACAAGAUCUAAUAAUUAAUAUGGAAAACCUGUACGACAGGAUUCAACACCUGUCAAAAUCCAACAAUAAAGAUAUAGAAGUUGAGUAUAUCUACUUGUCGCGUUACUUUACAAUGUUGAAAAUGGCUCAAGAAUCUCCCGAUUUCAAGAAAAAGAGUUACCCGAUGGAGUUCAUAAAGGCGAAAGAACUCUAUAAUCGUUUAGCAGACGUAACAGACCAAUUAAAAAAAUGGUAUAGCAAUAACGGUGCAAAGACCUUGGAAAACAGCACUCCAAACGUUACCAAAACUCAGACAGCAGAUCUUAACAAAAACAAUCGGGUCGGCAACGCUGUCAUUGAGAGGGAGAAAGAUGUACAGAACGGAAAUGCAGUUAGCAAUGAGAGAAGGGAGGAGAAAGAAUUCAUUGAGCCAAGUGAAUUUUACACGCUGGUUAAAAAUAAUGCUGUCAAGCCUAUUCUCAUUUUGGAUGUACGGUCAACGGAUGACUUUAAGAGUUCCCAGAUUAUACCACCGGUACAAAUAAUUAACAUCCCACCUGAGUUACUAAAAGCAGGUUUGUCUGCCGCAAAGCUGCGUGACAAAUUGAAACAACACGACAGGUUGGUCUGGGAUAAGAGGUCAGAAAUUGAAAGGAUAAUUAUUUUGGACUGGAAAAGCACUAGCACAAAACAGCAGAACGAGCUGAAGCUCAUGAGGGAUAUAAUUUUAAAAUGGGAUCCUUCAACAUCGUAUAAAUGCAAGCCAGUUUUUGUCAAUGGUGGCUAUGAAGAAAUUUUGUCAAUGUACCCAAUGAUAACUACAAGACCUAAAGUGAAUCCACCCAGAAACCCUAGUCCUGAAUUGUUCAGUUCUUUACAUUCCUUGAAUUAUCCUGAUAUCGACAUGAGCAUCGAACAAAAUAAACGAGUCAAACAGAUGGAGGCAAAAUCUUUCGAUAGAUUAUUGAAGCCGAAAGUGCAUUCAGAACUGAGCUUGAAUAAUUCAGUUAUAACCCCAGCGGCAUCUCAAGUGCAGUCACCAACUAUUUCUGAAGACAAGUCAAAUGAUAGCGAUUCAAAUGUGACGAUUCCAGAUUCCUCAUCUGAGGAAGGAGAACCUAUACCUGUCCAAGACAUUGAAGAGUCAACCAGUAAAGAACAGUUUGAUUUAAGUGAAAUGAGGAAGAAAAAACCUGCUUUCCAACCAUCCAAAACACAAAUUAAUAGCUCAUCUGACCUCAUAUUCUCAAAAUCAAGAAAUGGAAGUUCACAAGAUAUGUUUUCCAAAACGUCGACUCCUUCUUUAGACCAUUCCAAGGAUGCAGACAGUGACAGUGAAACGAAUUAUAUUACACUCAAAGAAAAUGGAACUUCAAGUGUGACCCCGUCAUUCAACAGCAGAAGACUGCAUAAAACGUCAUCCUCCCCUAAUAUAAGCAAGCUUAAUGAUAAUGAAUUGAUAAUUCCAACGUUUUCAAGAUCAAAUAAGCCAGUUUCCAAAUUCCCUGCGUACGGAGAAAGGGCUGAUUCGACCUAUGGUUCCUCCACUGCUGAGGGCCUAACAGGACUGAAAAACUUUGCCAACAACUGCUAUAUGAACUCAAUAAUCCAGUGUCUGAGUAACACUCAACCUCUUGUAGAGGCAUUAAUCGGGACCACUAAAGACAGUUUAGAAGUUGUAUGCAAUCCCAGGAGUCGGACCAAAGGGAAGAUUGCUACCGAAGUAAAACAGGCGUUCAAUCACAUGUGGCGAGGUGGGAUUCGAGUCUACUCCAUCUCAGACCUUAAGGAAGAGAUGGGCAACGUUAAAGACAUAUUCAAAGGUUCUGCGCAUCAGGACUCCAAUGAAUUUCUCAUCAUUCUUCUUGAACAUCUUCAUGAAGAUUUAAAAAUGCCUUCAGUUCCUGGGAGUUUGGCAGGUGCCAAGGAAGAGACCGGUGAGAAAGCCUGGGGUGAGUUCAAACAGAAGAACUCCUCAAUAAUACAAAGGCUGUUUUAUGGACAACACAAAUCCACAGUGUCAUGCGCCACGUGCGAUUAUACUUCUGUGACGUUCGAACAGUUCUUUAAUCUUUUUGUACCCCUGCCGCCGAGGCCUGGAACAGUUUCCCUUAUGGAAUGUAUUCAACUGUAUAUGUCAGGAGAAAGAAUAAGUGGUUGGAAAUGUCCAAAGUGUAAGACGGAAAGGAACGCCACAAAAAAAUUUGAUAUAUCUAUCCUGCCUAGGAUUUUAGUUAUAGCUCUUAAGAGGUUUACCCAAGAUGAUGAUUCGUGGCUCCACAAAAAGGAAAACAUUGUUUCAUACCCGCUCACAAAUAUGGACAUGUCUCGUUUUGUGGUGCCCGGAUCAGAACAGAGGUUUUAUAAAUAUGACCUGUACGCCAUGUCCAUUCAUUCUGGAACACUGAAAUCUGGACAUUACCGCGCCAUAUGUAAAAAUCACCAUACUAACAGAUGGUACAUGUUUGAUGAUCAGUCUAUAGAACCCCUUCCAGAAGUAGCGGUGGAAAAUAAUCCUGAGGUCUACAUUUUAUUUUAUAAGGCUGUUAAAGAAGAUUAGUUUUCUGGUAGUUUUACCACAACCAAAAAAACCAAAACUCAUGUUUUUGUAAAUAAUGCAAUAUUCUUGUACAUUUGUAUAGUGCUUGAAUUUACCCGUUGACUGCGCCAUCGUCUCUCACAAAAAUCGGUCCUAGUGCUUGAAAUGUAUCUGUAUUGAUUUUUCAGAUUGAAUUUCAUUAAAUUCUGCUUCAUUUGGUAUGUUUAUACUUCCAAAAUAA